AUGAGCAUCAUUAGGAUCUGGGCCGGGGUAUCAAAAUCAAAUGAUAGGGAUAAAAACUAUAUAAGAAUUUUUGAAAUUAAUACAUACGAAGUUCGGGUUAUGACAAAUAGGAGUUCAUAUUUACAAGGAAGAGAGAAACCUCAAUUAUAUAUAUAUAACCCAAAAUACUUAACUCAAAUGAGGUUUGUUAAAAAAGAGCUUGCUUUGAUUUUUAUUGUACUUGGCAUAUGCCAGGUUAUGUGUGGGAUACUGCCAACAGACAUAAACCUAAACUACAGCAUAGCAAGUAUGAUUCCACCUGUAGACAUUCCGAAUGCUUUGAAUGCAUAUGAAACAAAUAUUACUAAGACACUUUAUAUCUUACCAGAAGAACCUAUAUAUAUGAAUGAGACUAGGCAUAGGAAUCUAUUUAAGCUAUAUAAUUAUACCUCUCCAAGUUUAGAAAUGGAGACAGAUUAUAGUAAGUUAAAAGACAUGGUAGAAAAUGCAAAAACAAUAAGCAAUCUAACAGAAAUAGACAUGAGAGAUGAUGUUUAUCGGGAUAGCUGUUAUCGCACUAAAAAAAUUAGGUCAUAUGGAUUUAGAGUUAUUGGCCCUGUUUGUUUAAACUUUAAGGAUAUCAUGCUAACUGAACUAAGAAAGAUUGAUGGUGAGCAAACAAAUCAAGAGCAAAAAUAUAAUGCUCUUAGUAUUAAUAGAAAUGACAUAAGUGAAAAACUAUACCAUGAAUCUGAAAAGUCUACGUUUAUUAAAGAGCAAUUAAGCAGUGCAAUAGAGAGUAUUGAAAGAAUUUUUUCUGCACCAAUAGAAUAUAAAGAAUAUAUGAACAUAAUAAUAAAUGGGCUUAAUCUUUUGAAUGUGGUAAAUUCAAUUAGAGUGAACGGGCUUCUAGAUGUAUUACACAUACAAAAAUUACUGCAAUUUGAAAAUGAAGCUAUUAACAUGAUGGACUACUAUAAAGAAGCUCGGGAGAUUCUGCUGAAUAAAUUAAAUCAAGACAUAAGUGAAAGAGAUCUUGCCCAAGAUAUAUUUGAUUGUGCCUUAAGAUACCCAAAGGUGUUUUUACCGAGUAUUUUAGAUGUUAAAUACAAAAAAAUCAUUAUUUACUCUACAUGUAUACAAAUUAUUAAUAUUAUACCUACAUGUAUUAAACAAAUAGAGGCAUUGAAUAUAGAAAGCCCGAAAGUUAAAAAACAACUAUCAAGAGACUUCUUCUAUACAUACACACAUGCUAUAGACACACUUGAGUAUUUAAAGGCAAUUAAUUCAUACGGCUUUAACAAUGACGAGUUAAUCAAAAUAGAAAUUCAAUUUUCAAGGUGUGUAAAGAAAUAUUUAAAUUCUGCAAGAAUACUUUCUAAUUCGCUCAAUAAUCUAAAAAAAGAAAUAGAAAGUGCAUUAUCUGUAGGUGUAGUUCUAGAAAGAAAUACACCGAGUAAAAUGCUUAUAUUGAAUGUAGAUUAUCCAGCCGAUAAAAAGAAAAUCGAUAUGAUUAACAAUCUUAUUUAUUUAUUGAAUUCCGAGGAAAAAAUAUGCACUGAACAGGAGUCUAGCAUAAUUAAAUUGCUGGAGAAAUUUCAAACAAUAAAACUAGAAAAAAAUAAUCCUCCAAUUUCAUACAUUGCGUAUGCAGGCGAAGUAUUAAAAAACAACAAUUUACUUGACAAUAGAAUAAAGUACUUUCGAUCAAAAUUGAAAGAUUUAUAA